AUUCCCCCACGAGGCCACAACACCUGUCACUACUACAGGAAACGACUAGUGUUUUCUGUCAGCCUACGUUUAAUCCACUUUGACUUAUAUACAACAGUGUUGACUUCGACAAUUCUUGUCACAUGCAUCGAGUUUGAUUGCUCAGGUUAAGAUAGUUGUCUAUCAUAGGGUGUGUAAUUAUCCGAAACCAUCAUUCUCACUCGGAUAUCAGAAGAUUUUAGUGGAAACGCUUGACGAUGGAAUGGAAAAACGCAUUGAAAAAUUGUUUUUAUAUCGUUCUUCGAAUUUCUGCUAUUACUGGGACGCAGAUAGUAACAAUCUCGUGAAUAUGAAGUUUAUACAGUUGUUAUGACUGGCAAUCAACGAUUUUGUGACUUAUUCGAAGAUAUGCAACCGUUAUCGUUGAUGCAUUUGAUAAAGGGAAGGUUUCUUCGGUACAAUCGACAAAAUCAACAUUCAUAACGGUAAUAAUUGGAUAUUCAGAAGCGAAGAGGAGUAGUAAAAUUUUUAAUAAAAUUAGAAGAUCCAGUGAGUUCACUAUGUGCAAUUUGUUGUUCCAUAAGAGGUUUUGGACGUAUGAUAAGAAUUUUCUAUUUCUGAUAAAAGUGACAAGUGGCACAAGGUUGUGAAUAAUUUCGGUCAACGAGAAACAGAAAAAUUUAUAAGUGGAUCACUGUGCAGGAAAUAAAAUAAAAGUGUUCGAUUGUUUCAAAGUGUAGACAGAUUUCGUUGCGAUUAAAAGGAACAGGUGCAACGAUGAGCGUGAGAAUUGUCGUUAGCGUAACGGAGAUCGCGGACAUGAAUCCAAAGGAUCGUUACGUAGUCGAAGAGAUAGCUCUCUCCACGGCCACCGAGGAUGUGGGAGAUGGAAUUCAAGGGCACGAUAACGACACGGAGUCCUUGCGAUUCUUGUCCCAUCUUGAUCCACCAGCCGACAGCGUAUACAUGAUAUGCGGGGUGCUGAUCGCUUUGGUGUUAGUAGGGGUCAUCAUCGUCCUACUGGCUGUGACGAUCAGCAAAUUGCGGAAACGAGAGGAUCACUCGAACGCCGUACAUCCGGAACCGGCAGUAGUUCAGACAGCUACGACGCCGCCGGUAUCGACGAUCGUCUCGUCCUCUUAUCCUGUCGAGGGUUGUUGCACUCAAACGUCUACGACCACGAUGUCAACGGAUCUGGGGAACAACACAAGCAUCGAACAGGAUACCGUUUACGCUUCGGCCAAUCCGACUGAUCAAUUCGUCUGGCAGUUUCCGCCUCCUUAUCCACCGCCACACACACCGGCGCAGUAUGCGUUGUACAACGACCAGGAUACCCUUGUACACGCAUUACCGUCGGAUAGGUCUGGAUUUGCAAAGGGCUUUCGUAAGAAUAUCGGCGGGCGUUGGCGCCGUUUGGUAAAAAGGAAGCCGGAGUCGGAGACUUGUGCCAUUCCUCCUGAACUAAAGGAUCAGCUAAAGACAAUCUAUGUAUAUUGACACCCGACGUCAUUGUAUCGUUGUCUGUAUCUAUAUGCGAACCUUCCACUUAGUAAUCGACGUUCUCCUGCAUGUAAGAUAGGAAUUGUAUUAAACAGAGAAGGAAGAAAGUGUGAAAGAGCGUUCAAACGAUGGGAUAGCUUGCAAAAAAUAGAGUACAAAAUUAUAAGAAUAUAUUUGCGUAACUUCUGAAAGAGAAACUUGCAAAAAGAAAAAAAGGUAAGUGGAAUCGAUAAGGUCCAUAUCUAUUUCGAGACAUAUCAAAAAAGUGCCUAAAAAUAUUUUUCCCGUACAAAUAUCUAAAAUAAAAACGAUAGCCUGAUCUUCAAUAUUUUUGUGAUAAACAUAUAAAGCCACAGUUAAGAUAAUUUUGUAUCUCGCACACUGUGAAAGCAGAAGCGCUAUUAAUAAAUGAAAGAAAAAAUGUUUUUUUGAAACAGCUGUCCCGCGUAUAAUAACGUCGCUCGAAUCAUACGAAAAUGUAAGAAGUUGCUAGACUUCGAUACGCAGGACAAUGGCGUCAAAAAUCCUUAUGAGACUGAAACGUAACGAGUACGACAACACGAGUUACCUCGUAGCUUUUCUGUACGUUUUUACAUGAUUAAUGAUGAGAAAUUAUUUCGAAUCGCUAGUAUUAAUGUAUACCUGAGAAUAUACAACCGUAGAAGCUGCCUUCCUUAGGGAUUAUUUUUCUCUUCUACAUCAUUUCUUCUCCUGGCAGCUUAGUUGUAUGUGUAAAUAGAUGUAUAAAGCAAUGAAAGUAUAUAAACUACUUAUAAUUCUUAUAAUGGCCGACCGUUAAAGUAAAAUUCCGCAAUUUCUUCCAAUACGCGAGGAUUCUAGUACGUUCGGGAGAAAGAGCGGGAACGAAAAAGAAAAAAA